UGAAAUAUAAUGAACGGCAGACGAUGAUGUUUGAAAAAUUUGAGGGCUGAUAUUGAGUCAACUCCCAAACUGAACAGUACAAAUGACUAAGCAAGCUAGUGUGGAAGUGGAAGUGAAGCCAUGUCUUUGUUCAUUACCUUGGCGUUCAUAGUCUCUACUAUCAUUCAUCGAGCUUAUUCCUUUUCUGGGUCAAACUCUACAAAUUCAGGUGGCAAUAAAAACAACGGCUACAUAAAAGGAUCUGUUCUGGAGGAAUUCACUUUUCCUGCGAGAUCAACUCCCUUCAACAGUUGUCAUGCUUCUACCAUUGUUGAGGUUGAGAAGGGUCAUUUUUUGGUUGCCUAUUAUGGUGGUUCAUCUGAGGGGGCACCAGAUGUAAAAAUAUGGUUGCAGACUUAUAAGAAUGGAAGAUGGAAAUCACCUAUAAUUGCUGAUGAAGAACCAAAUGUUCCUAUGUGGAACCCUGCACUGUUCAAACUUCCAUCAAACGAGUUACUGCUAUUCUAUAAAAUAGGCCUAGAUGUUCAAAAGUGGAGUGGAUUCAUGAAACGCUCAUAUGAUAAAGGAAUUACCUGGACAGAAAGAGAACAACUUCCUCCUGGUAUAUUAGGACCUAUCAAGAAUAAGCCUCUCUUGCUGGAAAAUGGUGACCUACUUUGUGGAUCUUCUGUUGAAAGCUGGAACUCCUGGGGAUCAUGGGCAGAGGUUACCACAGAUUUUGGAAGGACAUGGAGAAAGUAUGGCCCAAUUUACAUUGAGAAUAAGCCUCAUGGUGUGAUUCAGCCAGUACCAUACCAGACAGCAAAAGGGACACUGCGUGUUUUGCUUAGAUCCUUUACCGGCCUUGAUAGAGUUUAUGUGUCAGAAUCCUUUGAUGGAGGCAAAACUUGGGGACAUGCAAAGCCUACACAACUCCCCAACCCAAACUCGGGUAUUGAUGGGGUUAAACUGAGAGAUGGCCGUCUAUUGCUUGCUUACAAUACCAUUUCAAGGGAAGUGCUUAAACUUGCCCUCUCUGAGGAUGAUGGUGAUUCCUGGCAUGAGGCACUUACAUUGGAAGAUACCUUGGGAAUGGAAUUUUCAUAUCCCGCUGUUAUACAAGCUAGUGAUGGGGGAGUACAUGUCACCUAUACAUAUAAUAGGACACAAAUUAAGCACAUUGUUGUUAGGCCAAGGUGAUGCAAACCAACUUGUUUCAGAUAGCCAAGCAGAGAAAACAAGUCCUUAAUGGCUGUAAUAUAUAUUGUUUUUUCAUAUCAACAGUUACAGAUAAAUAAUACAAUGACUACAUGUUUUCAACCAA